AUGCCUCCCUCAAUGUCUGCCUACGCCUCCGACAACUCGCUCCGCGGCUCGUGUCCGCCAGCCUCUUCCUCUGCCGCCUCGCUUCCAGGCUCCGAUUCUGCCUGGCUCCGCGUGGCCAACGGCCUCAGCGACGACGCUUCCAGCCUGGCUGCUGCCCUUCUACGACCACUCCAUUACUGCUGCACUGCUAAGACCACUGGCCCUGCCACUGGCCCUGCCACCACCACCACCACCACACCAAUACCCCCCGCCAACUCUCGUCGUGUGGAUCCCGACUCUCUGGCCGCAAAGGCUCUUGUAGGCUGGGGCGAGUCUGCCCAGGAGUUUGCCCGUGAGGCUGCUCUAGAGGCGUCUCAUUUGCAGGACUCCACCGGGCCCAGUGCUGCCCAGAGGAAACUGGAUGCCCUGCGCAACGCAUACUCGUCCCCAGUGGACACAGAGCGGCUGGACAGGAUUGCCCGUGCGUCCAGAGACGGGCUAGCUGGCUGGGGCGAAACUGCCAGCCAGCUAGCCGCCGACGAGCUGGCCGAUCUCGACUGGCAGCAGCGCCAUCCUUCGGCUCCCCGUCUGGAAUCUGCCCUGGCAGCGGCUGCAGAAGCCGUGGGCAAAGCCGAGCAAGAAGUGGCCAGCUUGAACGCCUCAUCGUCGUGGUGGUGGGGCGGCAGUUGCAGCACGGACGAGUCACGUGCAGCAGCUGCGGACAGGCUGGAGCGUGCCCGUGAGGAAUACACGCGUGCCAGGAAGAGACUGGAUGAGUUUUUGUCCAGGCAGUUCCGUUAG